UCACGGCCAGAACGGUCGUCCGUGAACUUAUGGUUCGGCUAGAGUCUUGUCUCCUCCCUCUUUCUCCACUGCCUAAGAGCGAUGCUUGCCCUCCUGCUCCUCUCCAACCGGGCGCAAUCGUAUUCGGCGGUGCUGCACCUCACUUUGCUCGCCAGGCUGCGGCCCAGCCGGGCUUCUCUGCCAGUGCCACUCGAUGAGUAACUGCUGUGCUGGGGUCGGCGCGGGGAUCAUCAUGGGCGGAGAAGCCGCGGCGGCAGGGACAGGUCUGAGCAGAACCCGGCGGUGUGGCUGGGCGGGAGAGGAAGGAGGCGCCCCCCGGGGGUAGGAGGGGAGCCUGGAGAAAGAACCUGAGCGCGGGGACCGGAGCUCAGCCUCCCCGCCCAACCACGGGGAAAGGAGCCUUGCCGGGCUCGGAGGCACAGACCCGCCUAGACCCGUUGAGAGUCGCACAGGAGCCGCCCGGAUCCGAGGCGCGCCCAGCCUGGCCGGAACACAACAGGGCUGCCUCCUGCUUCUCCACCCCAUCCAUGUCGCUUUUCCGAGCAGGAACAGCAGCAGUAGCGGCUCCCUGAGCCUGGAUUCCCCUCGUUUUCUCCUUGGCCGCCCCGAUGUCGGGUCCCCGUAGCGCCUUGCAGGCCUGGUGCCGCCGUCAAUGCGAGGGCUACCCUGGCGUGGAGAUCCGAGACCUCAGCAGCUCCUUCAGGGACGGCCUGGCCUUUUGCGCCAUCCUCCAUAGGAACCGGCCUGAUUUGCUGGACUAUAAUUCACUUUCCAAGGACAAUGUAUAUGAGAACAACCGCUUGGCGUUUGAGGUGGCAGAGCAAGAGCUGGGAAUCCCUGCCCUGCUGGAUCCCAGUGACAUGGUCUCCAUGAAGGUCCCCGACUGCCUCAGCAUCAUGACCUACGUCUCUCAGUAUUACAACCAUUUUAACAACCCCAGCCAAGCCAGAGUCUUCCCAACUAUGAAGCACCCUGUGAUUGCCUCCAUGCCUACUCUGCCAGCUCACAGGCCUGUAACUGCCUCUGAGACUACAUCAGCACCCCAGGAUCCUGCUGCUGAGCAGCCCCAGCGCACCACCCUUAGCAGCACCUGUGCAGCUUGCCAACAACACGUUCACCUGGUCCAACGCUAUCUGGCUGAUGGCAAGCUGUAUCACCGUCAGUGCUUCAGGUGUAAGGAGUGCUCCAGCACACUCCUCCCCGGUUCGUACAAGCCUGGGCCUGAAUGGGGCACCUUUGUGUGUACCCACCAUCGCGGCAAGUUGGGCCUGAGCGGGAGGAUGGAGUGCAAGCCGAGUCCAGAUCCUCAGCAUGCAGGGGAGAGUGGAGAGGGUGGCAUAGUGAGUGCCAGUGCGGAGGAAGAAAAUGGUAUAUUGGGGAAUCCCCCAUCCACUGUGGAGGAGCUGGGCAAAAUGGAGGAGAGAAUAGUUGAUGGAGUGGAGUCGGAGCAUGAGAUGCCUCUUGCGCAGCCAAAGAAUGAAACACUUGCCUCUACUCCAAGCUCUGAAGACUGCUCCCAAAUGCCUCCCAAACCUCCUGUGCCAGCCAAACCACCUGUACUCAUGCUGGAAAAAGCUAGCCUGCAACACGGACAGCUCAAGGAGACUCGACCCACCCCUGCCCCCAGGAAGAGCACAGACCUGGCCACCCUAUCGCCACCAAACUCCCACCCCGUUCCAAGGCCCAGAGCCAAUGUACAGAGCGAGGACUCCAGCGAGCCGGGCUCUGGCCUGGCCAAUGGUCGGCCUUCUGAACCCUGCCCUCCUGUUCCAAAACCCAGAGGCAGACCCACAUCCUCAGACCGAACUGGUGACUCUCCAAGGCCCAAAGACCCUCCAUGGAUUGCAUUGGUCCAGGGGGAGCCCAAGAAGAAGCCUGCUCCUCCCCCUCCCCCACCGGACAGUAGCAAGGAGAGCCCCCCGAGUGCUUCAGAGGAGGCUGGAGAAGAGGAAGGGAAAGCACGAGGCAGAGAAGGCAGGCUCACUCCCAGGGAGCCAAAGCCCUAUAACCCCUUUGAGGAGGAGGAGGAGGAGGUGGAAGAGGAAGAGGAGGGAGUUGUCACACCACAGGUUCCUCCAAAGCAAGAGCAGAGUGAGGACGAAUCUAACUCCAAGCUGGCUCAUCCCUGGUACGGCAUCACCCCCACCAACAGCCCUAAGACCAAGAAACGGCCGGCUCCAAGGGCCCCCAAUGCGUCCCCUCUUGCUCACCAUCCCAUCUCCAGGCUCUCCCACUCAGAGCCGUCUUCCUCCACCCCAUCACCUGCCCUCAGCCUGGAAAGCAUCACGUCUGAGUGUUUGGCCAAGGCUGCUGACAACUUGGACGAGACCUCUGUGCCCAAGAGCUCCUCUGAGCCCACGGUCCACGUUCCAGAUGCCUCUUCUGUCGUCUCCUGCUCAGCCCCCCCGCUUGCCGGAGCUUCCUCUGGCGAGGGCCCCACACCUCUGCCCGGCUGCUCCACCAACUCCUCCUUAUCCUCCUCCAGCGAUUUGGCUGGCGACAGCAGCAAGGCACAGGGGGGACAUCCCCAGACUCCCCAAAGCUGUUCAGCUGGGAACUUGAAAACCAUCCCUGGAGGAAUCUCUCCCAAGCUUCUGGCCGGUGCCACUCCCACGCCCAUCCUCUUGGCCUCAGACCUGAGCGGAGGGGCUGCUAGGAACUCUCCUUCACCCAAAGCACAACCAAAGUCAUCCUGCAAAGAGAAUCCCUUCAACAGGAAGCCAUCACCUGCUGCUUCCCCCUCCAUGAAGAAAACUCCAAGGGGACCCAAGCCAGCAAGGCCUCCUGCUCCCGGACAUGGCUUCCCACUGAUCAAGCGGAAGGUUCAGUCAGACCAGUACGUCCCGGUGGAGGAUAUCUAUGGCGAGAUGGACAGCAUUGAGCAGCACCUGGAUGAGCUGGAGCAUCGAGGAGUCGAGCUGGAAAGGAAACUCCGCAGCAUGGAGAAUGAUGUUCCUGAAGAUGGUCUGCUGGUCGACUGGUUUAAGCUCAUCCAUGAGAAGCACAUGCUGGUGCGUCGCGAGUCUGAACUCAUCUAUAUUUUCAAGCAGCAGAACUUGGAGCAGCGUCAGGCUGAUGUGGAGUAUGAACUGCGAUGCCUUCUCAAUAAACCUGAGAAAGAGUGGACAGAUGAGGACCGCGUGAGGGAAAAGGUGUUGAUGCAAGAGCUUGUGACCAUUAUUGAGCAACGGAAUGCCAUUGUCAACUGCCUGGAUGAGGACCGGCAAAGGGAAGAAGAGGAGGACAAAAUGUUGGAAGCCAUGAUUAAAAAGAAAGAAUUUCACAGGGAGGUUGAGGCUGAUAGCAAGAAGAGAGGGAAAUUCAAGCCCAUGAAAGUGUUGAAGCUGCUUGGGAACAAACAUGAGUCAAAGAGCAAGUCGCCCAAGGAGAAAAGCUAAAGCUGGGGGCCGUCGGAAGUGGGGAGAGACAAAUCAGUGCUGUUUGUCUGGCCACCUGGCAAGUGGGGCUUCUGCCUCCUGUCUCCCCUCCCCCCCCCAAAAAAAGCUGUGCCUCGCCAUAAACCAAAGCCGGUUUACUCCAGAGAAAUUCAGUCUUCUUCCAGCAACAGGAAGUUCCUUUGCCUACUAAGUGGGGAGGUGUAGCAAGUCUCAUCAGUACCGAAAUUGAUGGAGGGACAGACUGGAGAAGAAAGCCACUUGUCCCUCUGGCUUCUAGGUGGGGUGAGCUUUAGGCUUCCUCAGUUGUACUUGCGUUCUUAAUAGUUCUGAGCAGUACAGGAUUUGGGUGUCUGGGAAACUUGCACUAAUUGUCCCCUCUUAACUGUGAUAGUCACAUGUGCCUCAUAUCCUUCCUCCUUUGGGGAGGAGGAGACUUUCCACAGUCGUCUUUAGGGGGGGCUCCUAUCUCCUGCUCCAGCCCCCUUUCUUGUUACCUCCUUGUCAAAAAUCCCACUUUGGUCAUUUGGAAAAACUUUGGGCUUUCGGAGCACGGUUAUUACAUUUUUGUUGUUGGCUUAAACUGUUCAACUAAAGAUCACAAAAAAUGCUUCCAUGUCAUAAGGGCCAAUAGAAACAGCCAAGAAACCUAACCAGUGCCCUAUUUCUAGAUGCCUUCCCUGCGCAAAUGUGCUGUGAAUGCUGAGUCUCUUGGAAACCGUUUUUAACAAAGUAGGGUAGAAAGCUUUAAGGGGGUUGGAUUUUCGUGUCUUUGAGCAGGUCUGAAUUGGACACUCACUGGGCCUUUUAACCCUCUUGGUUGCUGCUGCUAAAUUUCAUCCAUGGUGCUCCUCAGGGGACAUGGGGGGUUGGGAAAGGGUCAUACAUUCCCUGCCCGCUGUUAGGGCAUAAGAGGAUCCUGUGCUGUACUCAAUGCCAACAAGUUUUCUGUUUUGCCUUGCUCACCAGUGCCACCCUUAGCCCAUUUGGGAGGGAACCCAGCUGCUCCUCCCCUAGCUUGAUCUGUAUAUACUUUCCUAAGAGGGUUGUUUCUUAGCUGAAUUUCAGCUUCCCCCUUCCAGCUUUGUUUUUAUUUGUUUGCAAGUAUGUGUGAGUGUGUUUGCGUGUGCGUUAGGAGGGAAGAUGUGUCUCCUCACCUUUUCUGCCUUCUCCUCUGAGUUGAGGAGUUAUUUAUUGAAAUGUUUGUUUGGUCUGAGUUAAACACUGAUAGUAUUGUAGGUGUUGGUUAGUCGGCUGUUAGUCUUGGGUUCUUAUUAGCAGAGUAGACUACCAGCCCAGAGCAAAUUGCUGUGCUGCCUUACCCAAAUAUGAUGAAAUAUUUGACCAGUCCCUGGCUCUGACAUACAGCCUACACCAUUUCAGAAGGGGAUUGAAGUUUAUCAGCCUUGCCAGCACUGGUCAGGGCCUUGUUAUCAAUCCUUAUGAGUGGAUGACAGCCUCCUGCUGAAUCUUGCUUGCCACCAAAAGGCCACCCUGGGGUUUGAUCCCAAAGCACAACUUUCCCCUCUAUAAAACAAAACAAUGUUACAAAAUGCCACCAGAUAGGCUCCCCUCAGAAAUCCCUUUGGUGGUCAUAACUACACUGUAUUAACGACAGUCUCCAUUGACAUGCAGGGAACAAAAAUACAUAAAUAAAACUAUUGUAUUUAG